UGCCCCACAGGGCAGCCCCAGCAAUCUACUCCCUUGGUGCCGUUCUCGAUUUAGGCCUUCGGAUUGAUUGGCUGGGACCUUUUUCCAUUUAGAAGAGUCUACAACAAGAUUGUCUUGCCUGAUGUUUCCUAAUGCUGAAGUUAAAGAAAUUAACUUGCUCUGCAGUUUCCCAGCUGAGUGAUGCCUCCCGCCUUUGGCUUGCAGUUAUUGUUGAAUAUAUUCCUUGCAUUUUCUGUCUGCUUGCUUAAUAGAUGUGAUAUACUGUAUAAGGAACAAGGAAGCAAGAAUAUACUGUACAAAUACUAUGUCUGAAUCAUGCUAAAGUGGCCGUACUUGGUGCUUCUGGUGGAAUUGGCCAGCCUCUUUCCCUCUUGUUGAAGAACAGCCCCUUAGUCAGUCAACUCAAUCUCUAUGAUAUCGCACACACGCCUGGUGUUGCAGCUGACCUCAGCCACAUCGAAACAAGAGCUGAAGUGAAAGGUUUCCUAGGACCGGAGCAGUUGCCAGAUUGCCUAAAGGGCAGUGAAGUUGUAGUAAUCCCAGCUGGAGUCCCUAGAAAGCCUGGGAUGACUCGUGAUGACCUGUUCAAUACAAAUGCUACCAUUGUUGCUAACUUGGCAGCUGCUUGUGCCCAGCAUUGCCCUAAAGCUCUUAUCUGUAUUAUUGCAAAUCCGGUCAAUUCCACCAUCCCAAUUACUUCCGAGAUUUUUAAGAAACAUGGUGUAUAUAAUCCUAACACAAUUUUUGGUGUUACAACUUUGGACAUUGUGAGAGCAAAUACAUUUGUAGCUGAAUUGAAGGGCUUGGAUCCAGCUCGUGUCAAUGUUCCUGUGAUCGGUGGCCAUGCAGGGAAGACCAUCAUCCCCCUAAUUUCACAGUGCACACCAAAGGUGGAUUUUCCUGAAGCUCAGCUGGUGACCCUCAUUGAAAGGAUUCAGGAAGCUGGAACUGAAGUUGUCAAAGCAAAAGCAGGCGCAGGAUCAGCUACUUUGUCCAUGGCCUAUGCUGGUGCCCGGUUUGUCUUCUCAGUCCUGGAUGCUGUGAAUGGAAAAGAAGGUGUCAUUGAAUGUGCUUUCGUCCGAUCGGAGGAAACAGAAUGUCCUUACUUUUCAACACCUCUGCUACUUGGGAAAAACGGUAUUGAGAAAAACUUGGGUAUCGGCAAGAUCACUCCUUUUGAAGAGAAGAUGGUAGCCGGGGCCAUUGCAGAGCUGAAAGCUUCCAUCAAGAAAGGUGAAGAUUUUGCCAAGAGCAUGAAGUGAAGCAUCAAUGACGAAAGAGAACUGCUGUCCCCUUAAUUUAUUUAAGGUGCAUCAUGUCACUUUAAAGGCUUCUGGAGGCGAAAGUAAUAAUUUUUGCCCAAAGGCCCAAUAUUGACUUGCCCUCUAAUCUAUCAAUUGGAAUUCUGUUCUUCAAUUAAAAAAAACUUAUUUUUUUCCAGGGUAUUCCCUGAGUA